UUUGUUUGUGAAAUAGGUACUCUGCGUGGAUGCUGGCCACUUGAAGGGCGACUGGAACGGUAUGAUGCUGGUCGCGACGGGCACGGACGCCGACACCAAGCUGGUGCACGUUGCGACCAGCAUCUGCGACAAGGAGAACACCGACAACUACUCGUGGUUCUACAGGAUGAUGAAGAACGACGUCGACAUGGCGGAGGUACUCAACAGCCCGAAGACCACCCUCUUCACGGACAAGCACAAGUCGCACGAACCUGCCAUCACCCUUCACGCGCCCAACACUGUGUGGAGGUGGUGCCUUCGUCAUCACAUCAAAGCACUUCCCGAGGCCCCUGGACAGACUGUGACCCACUGGCUCUACCACGCAGCCAGGGCGCCAACCCGCACCAAGUUCAUGGACACCAAGGUCAAGCCAACGAAGCCGAAAGCCUACGCCGCUCUAUUGGACCCGAACAAACCCCACGAACUUGUCAAGUGGACGCACCACGCUGGACCCACCGACACAGCCAUCGGGGGUGUCGUGUCGUCCAACGCGGCCGAGCAAAACAUGGUUAUGGUAGGCCUGCAGCGUGGGGAGGAAGUUGCCGCCCUACAUAUGGCCCAGCACAUCCUGGACAAGACCGCCUCCCGGAUGGCAGAAAGGGCUGAACUCGUCAACAGCGCCUCGCAGAGGUUUACCCCUUUCGCCGCUAAGGAGUUCGAGGCUCAGCGCGCGAAGUCCAGCAACCUGCACUCCAGCGCCACCGGGAACGGCAACUUCACUGUUCGCAAACUAGGCAGCAACUACGGCAACCGAGUGGGGCUGGAGUUCGGGACAGAUGGCGUGGUGACUCGCAUGACCUGCACGUGCGGCUACACGACUCGAUUCAAGAUCCCGUGCUGCGAUAUCAUCGCCGUCGGGCGAGCGUUGGACAAGUCCGACGAGGUCAUGUCAAGCAUCGACCCGGCCUACCACCUCGACACCUACCGAGCCCUGUACGCGGAAAGCCGGUUCGAGGUGCACCUGCCCGUGCCGGAUGAGCUGGCUGUUGACGUGGACAUUCUUCCUCCGGUCUGGGUGCCCAACCAGGCUGGUCGCCCCAAGAAAAAGGGACCCUCGAGGACGAAGAGGAUCCCAUUCAGGGGAGAGCACGCUCCGUCGUCCUCCUACAACGUCCGCCUGAUGCCCGCCCUGUCUGAGGGCGCGCCUGCAUCGUCGCAGGGAGCGCCCGCAUCGUCGCAGGGAGCGCCCGCAUCAUCGCAGGGAGCUCCCGUAUCAUCGCAGGGAGCUCCCGCCCUGUCGCAGGGCGGCGUGCAUUCUGGUGUUAUCUCCGUUGACUAG